ACCCCAACAUAUACUCGAAAUUUAAAUACCCCAUUACAUGGUGUUGGGCGUCGUUCUCAUGAGAAAGAGUUUAUUAAUUGACAAGAUUAGCCUUCAAAUUAUCUAUUGACAUUUUCAUUUCAGGUCAUUAUCAUAAUUAUUAUAUUCUGUGUUUGAUCUCGUAUAAUUAUGUCCUCUAUUCUCUCAACGUACAGGGUAAAUAUGAUAAUUGUUAUUAUUGUUAUAUUGAGAUGAGUAGCUCUAGUUCUAGUGACUCUGAACAAUCACCUAGUGAAUUCGAGGUUUCAUUAUUACGUUUACCUAUUGAUUUGAAAGUAAAAUCUCUGGAUAAAUCAGAAUUAUUAGAGCUAGGCAAACAGUUAGGUAUUCACAUCCCUCAAUCUGUUAAUAUUGAAUACUUGAGAUUCGCUGUUGACUUGGCAAAAAAAGUUUGUAUUUAUGUGGACCACGAUUCAGGAGCUAGAGAUGCUCUAAGUCGAUUACUUAAGUUAGGGUCCCUGUCUCAACGCGAUCGUAUUAUCUUCCCUAUGUUAGCCGAUUACGAGCGAAUAGUAGGCAAGCUAGGCAGAAAUCAAGAACACAUCUACGACACAGUAGCUCCCGAUAACUUAGCAAAUAUCCUAAUUCCAGAAAAUAAUAUGGCAGGGAAUGAUAAAAGACCCUUUGCGAAACCCGAAAGCUAUGGGGGUACAAAGAGUGAAGACUUCAACGAGUGGUUGAAAACCUUCAAUAGGGCAGCAAAAAUAAAUAAGUGGGAUGAGGAUGAUAAAAUCUUGUAUUUACCCCUCUACCUCAAGAAAACAGCAUUGGCAAUUUUCGACAUAUUUUCGGAUAAAAAUGAAAACGCGACAUUUCUUGAUGCAGUAGGCCACUUAAAAAGUAAACUUGUAGACCCUGUUCAUGAAGAGACAACCAGACAAAAACUCGAAAACAGAAACAAAUUACCAACAGAAACAUACACAGAAUACACAGCAGAUAUAAUAAAACUUUGUCACAUUCUUGAGCCUCAAAUGUCAGAGAAAAGAAUAGUAGGAUAUGUUUUGAGAGGCUUAGACGUAGGAGCAUUGCAACAUGUUGCUUUCAUGGACAAUGCAUCAGUUGAAGAUUUAGAGAAAAAUCUCGCCAAAUAUGAAAGAUCUCGCUUCCUUCUAGACAAAAAGUUAGGAAUGCAUAAUGCUUCAAUCCUGUCAGAUGACGAAGAAGACGAUUGCCAGUUCAAGCAGAAAGGCCUCUGCUUGAUUCCGAGGAAAAAGAUGUCGAACUCCGCCACCCAAGCCACUUGUCUCCACCUUCUAACAUCAGAAGCAGACGUAUCGGAGCUACGAGAAGUCUGCAAAUUUGAUUGUAAAGCAACUGACAAUCAAACCCUAAUCACUCGCCUACGAGAAGACACCUUCCUAUUCCACAACACCGGCAAAAAGACGACAAUUCGCUGUAAAAACUCAACAACUGAGGUCCCAAGCAACAGUCCAGGAACCCUAUCACUCCACAUCCCUUGCAACUGCGAACUUCAAGACGACAACGGCGACGUACUGAUAAGCACUCUUUAUCCUUGCGACUCCCGUUCCCAUCCUUCUCCAGCUAUUAAUAACUUAAUUCCUCACAUGUGGACAAAUUUAUCUAAAUUGAGCAUCCCAAUUUUUAAACAUGAGACUCUGCCUCAGUACUUAAACCUUUCGGAAAUCUUAAAUGAAAAUUGGCACUUGAAUUUUUCAAAAUUUGAAGAGCACAACUCAUUCUCAGAAGACAUUUUCCAUCAUGUUGAAAUGCCAAAUAACUUUGAUUUGUUAGGGGUGAACAAUAAACUGAUCAUUUAUAUAUUAUUGUCUGGCAAACACUGAUAACUGUUAUAUUCUUGUAUUUAUGUCUUCAAAAUUAUAUUAAGAAGAAAGCAAAUCAACUGAGAGUCCCGAAACGUACUCCAAUUGUGGACUACCCACAGGAGCUUUAAGAAUAUAUUGUGUUUUAGUAAAGUAGUAUGUAAUGAAAUCAUUAAAAUAAUGGGUUAGGAUAUAGGAAACUAUGCAAAUAAUAAUUACUUAUUCACUAUUAUUGUAUCCAUUUACUCUUUUAUGCUAUCGAUUCAAAUAUUUUCCCAGAUUAGAAGAUAAACUAUUUCAAUUAUUAUUAUUAUUCUUAUUUUCAAGGUCCACAAUAUUAUUUUGCUUACUCGAAUACU